CUUUAGAUUUCCGGAAUCUUAACGUAACUACACACGCGGUGUCGGCGCACUGCAUAUAAGGCGAUUUUCAUCAGCCUCUCCUCAGAAGGCAGAGGGAUCCCCGAGAAACUGCGCAGCGCAACGAGUAACAGAAGGCAACCGGUUUCUCCUCUUCGCCUUUCCCAUAAAAGAACCAAGACGAGCCCUGAGGCUUUAUAGCGCCUUCAAGGACUCGUCUCCUUUUAAAAAGACAGCGCCAGGACCGAGUCACUUCGCUUAGUCAACCCCAACCUUGCCAUUUUAAGGCAGAGAAAUUGUUUAGCCUCGUUCUCUCUGCUCAGGGUUGUUUCUUGCCUCUUUGGGCUGAAGAAAAAGAGGGACCAGAAAUCCUUGCCUAAAAACAGAACAAAGAUGAGUUCUCAGACAACCAACUGUUUCGUCUUGACUUUUGUCCUCCUUCAGUUAGUAAACAGGGUGCUUUCCACUUGCCCAGCAGCUUGCCAAUGCCCUCUGGAAGUCCCCAGAUGUACCCCAGGAGUUGGGCUGGUUCUGGACGGCUGUGGAUGCUGUAAAGUCUGUGCUAAACAGCUCAAUGAGGACUGCAGCAAGACGCAGCCUUGUGAUCACACCAAAGGACUGGAAUGUAAUUUCGGCGCCAGCUCCACAGCUCUAAAGGGGAUCUGCAGAGCACAGUCAGAAGGGAGACCCUGUGAAUACAACUCCAAAAUUUACCAGAAUGGAGAAAGUUUUCAGCCCAACUGCAAGCACCAGUGCACAUGCAUCGAUGGAGCUGUUGGCUGUAUCCCCCUAUGUCCACAAGAACUUUCUCUUCCUAACUUGGGCUGCCCCAAUCCAAGGCUAGUGAAAGUCCCUGGCCAGUGCUGUGAGGAAUGGAUCUGCGAUGACUCCACAGAUACCCUGGAGGAGCUGGAAGGUUUCUUUGGCAAAGAGUUUGGUCUGGAUGCUUCCGAAGGAGAAUUAACCAGAAACAAUAAGCUAAUAGCCAUUGUGAAAGGAGAGUUAAAAAUGUUACCCGUUUUUGAAUCUGAGCCACGCAGUCACUCAUUUGAAAAUCCAAAGUGCAUUGUGCAGACAACCUCAUGGUCCCAGUGUUCAAAGACCUGUGGGACUGGUGUCUCUACUCGUGUCACCAAUGAUAAUCCUGACUGUAGACUAGUCAAAGAGACUAGGAUAUGUGAAGUGAGGCCAUGUGGGCAACCUAGCUAUGAUUCCUUAAAGAAGGGAAAGAAUUGCACCAAGACCAAAAAGGCCCAAAUUCCAGUGAAGUUCACCUAUGCAGGAUGCUCUAGUGUGAAGAAGUAUCGCCCCAAGUACUGUGGCUCAUGUGUGGACAGCAGAUGCUGCACUCCUCAGCAGACCAGGACUGUCAAGAUCCGGUUCCGCUGUGAUGAUGGAGAAACCUUCACAAAGAAUGUCAUGAUGAUCCAGUCUUGCAGAUGCAACUACAACUGCCCUCAUGCAAAUGAGGCCUACCCUAAUUACCAGCUAUUCAAUGACAUCCACAAAUUUAGGGACUAAGCUGUGAUAUGUGCAGGCUUCAGCAGAAGGCUUACUAAAAAAUAAUUUUUUUCCCAAGUAACAGUGGAGAAAUGAACUCUUAUGGAAGUGGCGCGUUUGCCCAUUGGAGGGCAACACUGAGACACAAGAAUGCACUGUGCAACUGGAUACUAAUGCAACAGUUUAAGUAUACUUAAAGCUUCAUAAUACUGGAGCAAUCUUAUUGCUUCAUUUUGGAGCACUUUCAUGAUUACUGAUUUCUGUUUGUAACUGAUCUGUUUAUAUAUUGUCCUUCUGUUCUGGUUACAAAAACCUUCUGUUCCAUACUGUUCAGCAUAAUACUACACUUUAGUUGUUGUUCCAAACUCAUGUUGGAGGUUACAUUCCUUCCUAAGGUGAGCACUUUUGGAGUUCUCAUCUAUGGCAGCUGUAGGCACUAGCUAUAUAUUUCAUACUCACAAACAGAAAUCGGUUGUUUUUAAAGCUAUUUUAUUUAUCAAAAUGUAGCUUUUUUGUUUUGGAGGAAAAAAAUCCUUAAUACUGGAAUAAGUUGUAAAUGAUUUAAUUUUAUAUUCAAUGAACUAAGAAAAUUUAUUUAUGAAAUUAAUCAUUUAAUAAAGAACUAUUUACCUAA